CUCGCGCUCCGGUGUGAUUGAAGGUAUUCACGUCAGAUGGACUCUGUUUUCUUCUAAAUCCGUUUGGAUUUCAGUUUGCGGUGCCAGAGGUCUGAAUGGACCAUCAGAAAGUUUUACUCACCGCCUGUUCGCACUUUGUUCUGCUGUGUCUCGUCGCGCUGAAGGCGGAGGAGCUCUCAGAUGACGCAGGCGGCUGGUCUUUAAAUUCAGACUUCAGAUUACAGGAUGAAGGUCCCUGUAACAUCGACGUGUUGGACAGCUCUUCACUCUCAUAUCAACAGUUCAUUGAAAGAUAUGCUUACAGCAGACCGGUGAUCCUCAGAGGUCUGACCGAUAACACGAAAUUCAGGUCGUUGUGCUCCAAGUGGAGCUUGCUGCAAGACUAUGGGGAGCGGAGAGUACGGCUCAGCACAGCUAACACUUACUCUUACAGGAAAGUGGACGUCCCCUUCCAGGAGUACGUGGAUGCUUUCCUGAGGCCCCAGUCCGCGGACGCCCUCGGCAGCGACACGCUGUAUUUUUUCGGAGACAACAACUUCACGGAGUGGCAGAGUUUGUUCGAGCACUACGAGUCUCCGCCGUACGUCCUGCCUCGCACCAGCGGAGCGUACAGCUUCGGGAUCGCAGGCCCUGGAACAGGAGUCCCCUUCCACUGGCACGGUCCUGGUUUCUCUGAGGUCAUCUACGGGAGGAAGCGUUGGUUCCUCUACCCGCCUGAUCGGGAGCCCCACUUCCACCCCAACCGCACCACCCUGUCCUGGGUGACGGAGACCUACCCCCACCUGCCCGAGGACGAGGCUCCGCUGGAGUGCACCAUCAGACCCGGAGAGGUGCUGUAUUUCCCCGACCGCUGGUGGCACGCCACCCUCAACCUGGACACCAGCGUCUUCAUCUCCACCUUCCUCGGCUGAGCUGCGUCCUCUUUUUGUUCCUCCUCUUCUUCAGGAAUGAAUCACAUCCGUUUUCUCAGUUUGUCGUCCGGAGCAGCUGACGGGAGGAAAAACACAGUUUGAAGUUUCAGGUGAGCGGCAGCGACGGACUGAGACUGUUGGGAUCAUAUCUGAGUCUGAAGCCCGGCAGGAAUCUUUUUAUACAAAGACUUCAAUUUACCAUGUUUACGAUUUAUAAUAAUAAUGAAUAAUUUCAUGACCAAAGGAGCCAAAAGAGACGACGUCCUGCAGACAAGAAGACAUCAGAUUAGCAGAAAAUGUGUUAAAUCAGUCUGUUGAAGUCAUAAAGGACCAAACAUUGUUCAGAGUUUCAGGAAUAAAGAUUUCUGCCAUUAAAAUGUU